UCAAAGUGUCUCAAUUUUGCUGCAUGUUUGCAAUUUAUCUAGAUAUUAUUGAUCAAACGUUAAAACAAAAAGCGACGUCAAUUCCGUUUAACGAAUAUGUCAGUGGAAGGUCAAUUUUUUCUCUCCGUUACCGGCUCCAUCGAACAUUCAGAGUUCUAUGAUGUCGAUAAUGCGUACUGCAAAUACGGUUUUCAUUUCGGACCGGAAUGGAGUGUAGUAUCGGGAAUCGAGGAAGGUUUGACGCAAAUGUGCAAAUGCAGCAAUGACCCCCGAAACCUCGUUGUUUGGAAUUUUCCCUUAGACAUUACGUUCAAGAGCACAAAUCCACACGGCUGGCCGCAGCUUAUUAUGUCAUUUUAUGGACUGGACUUUUUCGGUAAUGACGUCAUUAGAGGAUACGCAGUGUGCCACUUACCUCUGCAAACUGGACAUCAUGAGAAAAGGGGAGACAACUUUGAUCGCGCAUAUUUUAGCGAAAUCUCGAAAUCACGCAGGAUGUCGAUCUACGUACCGGAGUCAUCAUCGGGACUGCAGCAACUCGUGGAGUGGUUAACUAGUAAGAGACCGGAAUUAAUUGAUCCCGCCAUACUGGCAUCCGGCGUCGGCAGAGAACUAACUCGCAUGAGAGUCGAGGGAGCCGUUACGGUAACGUUCAACGUCGUUUUGAAGGAUUUGUUCAAGUUGGGUUAUGACAACGGUGAGAACAGGAAGAAAUGAUAACGCAGUCAUCGCAAACUUAAACUCCGGGCUUGGAGGAAGAUUAUUCUACCAGAAAGAUUAUGAACGGGGCCAUAUGUACAAAUAAGCGCUUUAUAAAUAAUAUUGUGAUGAAAAUAAUCAGAGUGUGACUUUUUUUUCUGUACAGACGCAAUCUGUUUCUCAUCUUUUUUCCGAUGUCACUGGCAACGUAGCGGAAAUAAGAGAAUUAAGAUCAUAUUUCCACGCU